AAAUAUAUAGUGUUGCCAGCCUACGAGGAGACUUUCAAGUGACACACCGUUUCAGUGGUUGAAAAAGCUCAGCGAUCAUCUGUCGACAUGGCUGACAGCAGAGACAAAGCAACGGAUCAAAUGAAGACAUGGAAGCAAAAUAGAAGCUCUCAGAGGCCAGAUCAGCUCACCACCAGCGGCGGCCAUCCCAUCGGAGACAAGCUGAACCUGCUGACGGCCGGACCGAGGGGCCCCCUCCUGGUCCAGGAUGUCGUCCUCACCGACGAGUUGGCCCACUUUGACCGGGAACGCAUCCCUGAGCGGGUGGUGCACGCCAAAGGGGCAGGAGCGUUUGGCUACUUUGAGGUGACGCACGACAUCCGCCGCUACUGCAAGGCCAAGGUGUUUGAGCAUGUCGGCAAAGUGACGCCCAUCGCUGUACGCUUCUCCACUGUGGCGGGAGAAUCGGGAUCAGCGGACACUGUGCGCGACCCUCGAGGCUUUGCUGUCAAGUUUUACACAGAUGAGGGCAACUGGGACCUGACGGGCAACAACACCCCCAUUUUUUUCAUCAAGGACGCCCUGCUGUUCCCGUCCUUCGUCCACACGCAGAAGCGCAAUCCUCAGACGCACAUGAAGGACCCAGACAUGCUGUGGGACUUCUUUAGCCUGAGGCCCGAGACUCUGCACCAGGUGUCCUUCCUGUUUAGUGAUCGAGGUCUGCCGGAUGGCUUCCGCCACAUGAACGGCUACGGCUCGCACACCUUCAAGCUGAUCAAUGGCGACGGGGAGCCUGUGUACUGCAAGUUCCACUACAAGACGGACCAGGGGAUCAAAAACAUGCCCGUGGGGGAGGCCGAGUGCCUGGCCGCCUCCAACCCGGACUACGCCAUCGGAGACCUGUUCAACGCCAUCGCCAACGGCAACUUCCCAUCGUGGACUUUUUACAUUCAGGUCAUGACCUUUGAGCAGGCCGAGAAGUUCCGGUUCAACCCCUUCGACCUCACCAAGGUUUGGCCGCAUAAAGAAUACCCGCUGAUCCCUGUGGGCAAAAUGGUCCUGAACAGAAACCCCGUCAACUACUUCACCGAGGUGGAGCAGCUGGCAUUCGACCCCAGCAACAUGCCGCCGGGCAUCGAGCCCAGUCCUGACAAGAUGCUGCAGGGUCGCCUCUUCUCCUACCCGGACACUCAUCGGCACCGACUGGGCGCCAACUACCUGCACAUCCCCGUCAACUGCCCCUACAGGGCCCGCGUGGCCAACUACCAGCGUGACGGCCCAAUGUGCAUGAACGACAACCAAGGUGGCGCUCCAAACUACUAUCCCAACAGCUUCAGCGCACCAGAUACUCAACCUCAAUUUGUGGAGUCAUCGUUCAAGGUGUCCACCGAUGUGGCGCGUUACAACAGCGACGACGACGAUAACGUCACCCAGGUUCGCGCCUUCUACACACAGGUGCUGAACGAAGAGCAGCGACAGAGGCUUUGUCAGAAUUUGGCGAGCUCCCUGAAGGGGGCACAGCUCUUCAUCCAGAAGCGCAUGGUGGAGGUCCUGAGAGCCGUCCAUCCAAACUAUGCAGACAAUGUUCAGAGCCAUCUCAACAAGUACAAUGCGGAAGCCCAAAAGAACGCCAUUCAUGUGUACAGCCGUCCCGGAGCGUCAGCCGUCGCCGCUUCGUCCAAGAUGUGAAAAGAAAAAAUGUCCACGGGGAAGC